AUGCAAGGGAAGGGUAAAAGGAGUAGGCCCUCUUGUUACAAAGUCCCUAAAACCACAGCUAAAAAGCAGGGAAGCUAUGUUCCAAAAGCUAAGGGGACAGGGAGGAAAGGUACUGGAAGAAGAGGAAGACAGUCUGGGCUAGAUUUUGGUGAUGUUGGAGAUGCUGAGAGCAGUGAUGAUGAUGAGUUUGUUGUUGGGGAGGAAGAAGAAUCAUCUGAGGAUGAUGAUUUGUUAGGAGAUUUUGUGGUGGAAGAGGAGCAUGACCUCCUAGAUGAUGAUGUCAGUGAGCUUGGUUUUGAGGACUACCUAGAUGGAAGCUCAACCAUGGACAAGGUGUACAGGAAUGGGAAAAUAUGGACUGAGCAGCCAUAUGGUAGUAUAGUACUAGAGCCUUGGUUGCUCUUUCCAACUAGGGAGGUCUUUCUAGAGGUUUUGAGAGACUUUUGCAUUCAAGAGGGGUUUGGCCUUUGUGUUCUGAAGGCUGACAACAAGAGAUUUACUGCUGCUUGUAUCAUGGAAGCAUGUGAAUGGAGAAUACAUGCUUCCAGGUUAACUGACAAGAUAAGUUGGGCCAUAAAGACUAUCAAGGGGGAGCACACAACCUGUGGAAGGUUGGAGGAGAACCCCAUGAUAUCUUCAAGUUGGUUGUGCAAGCACUUACUGGAUGUGAUUAAAAGCAGUCCUGAAAUUCCAGUAGAAGCAUUACAAAAGAUCACCCAAGAGAGGUUUAGGGUGAUAGUGAAGAAAAGGCUGUUUUACAAAGUGAAGGUGAUGGCCAAGGAGCAGAUCUAUGGGGGUUUUGCUGAGGCUUAUAGCUUGCUGCCUAGGUAUGCAGAGGUUAUUAAAGCCACCAACCCAGGAUCAUAUGCCUUGAUAAGUUGGACAGGGAGCACAGGCCAGGUGGCACCUAGGUUCAAGUCUUGUUUUUUCUCCUUUGCUGCCCAAGUCAGAGGAUUCUUAAGAGGUUGUAGGCCUUUGAUAGGCAUUGAUGGGGCACAUUUGAGUGGAUACUAUAAGGGUAUCUUACUGUCAGCUCUUGGUGUGGAUGGUAACAAUGAGAUUUUUUUGAUUGCCUAUGGGAUAGUUGACACUGAGAGUCUGGAAUCUUGGGAGUACUUCUUUAGGAAUUUAAGGAUUUGCUUUGAGAAGGAAGGGUGCACCAAGGAUGACUGGUGCUUCAUUAGUGAUAGGAUGAGAGGUGUUGAUGCUGCUGUUCAUGGGGUGUUCCCCAAGAUUGCUGCAAAUGCUUACAACAACUAUGUAUUCAACAAGGCUAUGGAGAAGAUUAUGGCUUUUGAUGCUGAUGCUGCAGCUUACUUAGACACCACCUCAGAGCAGUGGUCUAGGUACAUGUUUGACACAUCCAUCUCCUGUGAUCACAAUACCACAAACUUUGUUGAAAGUUUCAAUGCUUGCACCAAAGCUCACAGAGAUUUACCUGUACUGAAUCUACUUGAAGCCAUUAGAGUUUGGUCCAUGAAGAGAAUUGGUGCAAGGUUUGACAAGGCCAUUGACAUGGAGCCAGGGCAGUUGACUGAGUAUGCUACAAAGGUCCUUGAAACUAGGAGUGGAGAAUCAAGGUUCUGUCAUGCUACACCAUGUGGAGGAGGAGAAUUUGAAGUGACAGAUGACAAUGUCACAUUUCCAAUCAAUUUGGCAAGACUCGGUUGUGGCUGUGGCAAGUGGCAAGGUUGUGGGAUCCCUUGCAAGCAUGCCUUAAGGGUCAUGUACAAUCAAAGGAUUGACCCUAUUGAGUAUGUUUCUGAUUAUUACAAGGGUGCAGCUUACAAGGCCACCUAUGGUGAGCACAUCCAUCCCAUGGUUGAUUCUUCUCAGUGGCCAGAUUACAAAUUUACAAUCUACCUUACAUCAACCCUCCAAAUAGGAAGAGAGGUGCUGGCAGACCUCCAAAGCAGAGGAAAAGAGGAGUAA